AAAUAAGAAUUAGAUAAUAAAAUGAAAAGAAAAAAAGAAAAAACUGGACGAGCAGUUACUUGAAUUUCUCGUAUAAGUUCUCAGCGAGCGGCGCUUUGUUUGAUUCCAUCUGCUCCCAACAAAUUCUCGUCGAAGUAAUCAGUUCAAUUCAUCUCUGCGGCGAAAAAAUUGCUCGGAAACUAAGCUCCAAUAAUGGCGACGAAGCACGACGAGCUGCCGGUCCCGAUCUUCUCCUCCCUCGAUCCUGUCUACGGCGGCGAUUCUCAACGGGAAGAAGCUCAGCUCCGGUUCGACAAGUUGAAGUCCAAGUUUCUCCAAGUCUUCGGCCAUCCCCCUGAACUCUACGCCCGCGCUCCAGGACGAGUAAAUUUGAUUGGGGAGCACAUCGACUAUGAAGGCUACUCGGUGCUGCCAAUGGCGAUUCGGCAGGACACGAUCGUGGCGAUUCGUAAGCGGUCUCCAUCGGAGGCGGAGAAGCUUCUUCGAAUUGCGAAUGUCAACGAGGAGAAGUAUGCAACGUGCACUUACCCUGCGGAUCCUAACCAGGAAAUUGACUUGAAACAUCACAGAUGGGGCCAUUAUUUCAUCUGUGGGUACAAAGGUUAUUAUGAAUACGCCAAAACUAAAGGGAUGGAUGUUGGUGUCCCAGUUGGGCUUGAUGUUAUGAUUGAUGGAACUGUUCCAACUGGGUCCGGACUUUCGAGCUCUGCUGCAUUUGUUUGUUCUGCUACUAUUGCAAUUAUGGCCUCUUUUGGUGUCAGCAUUCCAAAGAAAGAAGUUGCUCAGUUGACGUGUGAUUGUGAAAGGCAUAUAGGAACUCAAUCUGGAGGAAUGGAUCAGGCGAUCUCUGUAAUGGCUAAGUCUGGAUUUGCUGAACUUAUAGAUUUCAACCCUGUUCGAGCAACUGAUGUGCAUCUGCCCGAUGGUGGUACUUUUGUGAUUGCCCACUCUUUGGCAGAGUCUGAAAAGGCUGUCACUGCUGCAACUAACUACAAUAACAGAGUUGUUGAAUGCCGCUUAGCUUCUAUCAUACUUGGGAUAAAGCUCGGACUGAAACCAGAGGAGGCAAGAUCAAAAGUCAAUACCCUUUCUGAUGUAGAAGGGUUGUGUGUAUCUUUUGCUGGCAAACGUGGUUCUUCUGAUCCUGUUAUUGCCGUUAAGGAGUUCUUGAAAGAAGAACCUUAUACAGCUGAAGAAAUCGAAAAAAUAACUGGAGAGAAGCUUACAACUACAUUAAGCAGUUCUGCAUCCUCAUUGGAGGUGCUAAAGGCAGCCAAGAACUUCAAGUUGCAUCAGAGGGCAGCCCAUGUUUACUCUGAAGCCAAGCGGGUGCACACUUUCAAGGAUACCGUGGUGGCAAAUCUCAAGGAUGAGGACAAGCUAAAGGAGCUAGGUGAGCUGAUGAACGACAGCCACCACAGCUGCAGCAUUCUAUAUGAAUGCAGUUGCCCGGAGCUGGAAGAACUCGUAAAAGUCUGUCGUGAUCAUGGAGCCUUGGGGGCCAGGCUAACAGGAGCUGGAUGGGGCGGUUGUGCAGUUGCAUUGGUGAAGGAAGCCAUUGUCCCACAGUUCAUCCUUAACUUGAAGGAUAAGUUCUACCAGUCGAGAAUAGAGAAAGGGGUGAUCAACAAGAGCGAUCUGGGCCUCUAUGUGUUUGCUUCGAAGCCUUCCAGUGGUGCUGCUAUUUUGAAGCUCUAGACCCUGUUCAAUCAUCAUAUGAACCCCGUUUCCAUAGCCAUCUUGUAAGAAGUUAGUUUUUACCUUUGUUUAUGCACAAAAUUAUAACAUGAGUAUCAGUACAUUGUUAUUGUUGGAUUGUUAGAAACCAAUUUCUGUAGGGUUUCUCUAUUAUUUAUUAUGCUUAUUAUUAGGAUAAUUCUUAUUAUGGUUAGUAGUCUUUUAGUAGAAUUAGGUUUAUUAGUAGGG